GGUUCAGUGUCUUGGCAUCCCAGUGAGAGAGGGAGAUAGCGAGCGUGUGAGAGCGAGAGCGAGAGAGCAAGAGCAAGUCCGCCACCGAACCCCAGCCCAAUUUCCAAAUAGCCAGCCAGCCCCAGAACGGCAGACCAGUGCCAGAAGUUUUUGACUGCAUCUUGAGGAAAUUGCAUUGAGUUAGCGCAGAAAUGGCCGACGAAGCACAAGCACCACCUGCUGAGGGCGCCCCACCAGCUGAGGCCGCCCCACCAGCUGAAGGCGAGGCCCCACCAGCUGCCGAAGGCGAUGCCCCACCACCGGCCGAGGGCGAGGCGGCACCAGCCGAACCCGCUGAGCCCAUCAAGCACAGCUAUACUCUGUUCUACUUCAAUGUGAAGGCCCUUGCAGAACCACUCCGCUAUCUGUUCGCCUAUGGCGCCAUGGAGUACGAGGAUGUGCGCGUCACCCGCGACGAGUGGCCAGCCCUGAAGCCGACUAUGCCCAUGGGACAGAUGCCCGUGCUGGAGGUGGAUGGAAAGCGUGUGCACCAGAGCAUCUCGAUGGCCCGCUUUUUGGCCAAGACCGUUGGCCUGUGCGGCGCCACUCCGUGGGAGGAUCUGCAGAUCGACAUUGUUGUUGACACCAUCAACGACUUCCGUCUAAAAAUUGCAGUCGUCUCGUACGAGCCGGAGGACGAGAUCAAGGAGAAGAAGCUGGUCACGCUGAAUGCCGAGGUCAUUCCAUUCUAUCUGGAGAAGUUGGAGCAGACCGUCAAGGACAACGACGGCCACUUGGCCUUGGCCAAGUUGACUUGGGCCGAUGUCUACUUUGCCGGCAUCACCGACUACAUGAACUACAUGGUGAAGCGCGAUCUGCUGGAGCCGUAUCCGGCUCUGCGUGGCGUGGUCGAUGCCAUCAAUGCCUUGGAGCCUAUCAAGGCCUGGAUUGAGAAGCGUCCCGUCACCGAGGUCUAAGCGGCCCAACCCAACGAAGUUCGGAGGAAGGAAAAACAUUGCACAAUAACACACCAUACACACACUUUUGCACACAUUUUGUUCCUUUUGGCUUGGGAUCUAAUGGGAUCCGCGGAGCUGGCGGUACUUCACACGGGGUUACGUUCGAGACUAUAGAUUCGUUGACCCGUAGUUCUUUUAGCACAUGGCACUACGGAUAAUUCGUAUUUGCUUAAUUUUUUCUGUUAUAAUUCUCUUUGCAUGACGCUAUAUCUAUAUCUAAUUGGAUCCGCUCUCGGAUCGACUUUCGUUCGCUUAACCAUAAUGAAAAUGAUAAUAUUUAUUGCACAGUCUAUAAUAUUUUUGCCUACUUCUAGUACACACUCUAUGCGCAUCCAUACAAACGCCUACUCUAAGUCUAUUUCUAAAAUCUAUAUCGUGAACUAAUCUUUUAGACUUAUUCUAUUCUAUUGUAUUCUAUAAAACCGCGAAGAGCUCAAGGCCAAUUGAAAAAUAUUUAACCAGCUACAGCGAAAGCUGAGCAAUUACAAUUGCACGUCGAUUGUUACAUUCACUUUAAAAUUUUGGUUUCGUACACACAUCUCACUUUUAGUCAGCCCCCAGGAAUUUUCUUCGUCUUGAUCCUGUAAAGAUCCCUCUAUGAAAUCGUUAAAAGACUCAAACAAAUAGAACCGGAUACUCUCAAAAUUA